UGUCCCCGAGGCUCACAACAAUAGACUCAGCUGCAGCUAUUCAUGUUCAAAAGUUCCUGUUUGACGCGUGCAGGCUGAGCUUUGAUACUAGAACAGCAGGGAAAGGACGCGUUCCAUAAUGAGCGCCAUUAUCUCCCUUCGUUUUCAUAAUUUACUGUUUUCAUUUGACACAUGGUCCCUCCUUCAUGUUUUGUCAGGAAUGUUCAUGUGUGUGUUGCAUUGAUAACGCGGGUGUGUGACAUGUGAGUGUACCGAUAUGGAGUAAACCAGCGCUGGGAAUGGAAACACGGUAGGGGAAGAAGAUUGUCAUGGCGGACCCAGAUGUGUCAACACAGAGCGGGGGCUAUGAUUUGGAGCUGUUUGUGGACACUCCAGACUACGAUCUGAUCUGCACCAUAUGCCAGGGGGUCCUUAAGUGUCCAGUCAGAGCUGCGUGCCAUCACAUCUUCUGCAAGAAAUGCAUCUUACGGUGGCUGAAGAGGCAGGAGACCUGCCCCUGCUGCAGAAAACCUGUAAACCCGAGCCUUAUCUUUAUCAUGUUCAAGCUGAGCAAAUCUAUUGGACGCAUGAAGAUAAAGUGUAAGAAUGAGAUCCGUGGUUGUGCAGAGAUCUUCUCCCUCUCGGAGCAGUACUGCCAUAGCAUGAGCUGUCUGUACGAGCUCAUCCCCUGUCCGUACCAGGGCUGCCGGGCGCAGCUCCUCCGUAGGGACCUGGACACACACACGCGCCACUGCGAACAUUGGCGUCAGCCAUGCCACAUGGGCUGUGGGACGAUUCUCUCCCACCGCACCCAGGCUCAACACAACUGCUUCAAGCAACUGAGGCAGGAGUAUGAAGUGAGACAGAGGAACCACAGGGCCAUCGCCACCGCCCUGCAGAGGAAGAUGAGGAGGAUGCAGAGCACCAUGGCCCACAUGAAGAGGCAGAUAGGGUUGAUCUGUGAGAGCCUGGAGGUGAUGGACGAUCUGCACGAGGUGGAUGAGGAGGACCUUGGAGAGAGCAGUGGCAGCUCGAGUGGGACUCCAAGUAGCAACAACUGCUGAGGGAGUCAGUUACUAAUGCUGCUGAUUGUAAUAUCUGCAUGUGUUAAUUUCUUUGAAGGUGUGUUUUAAAAUAUGUAGGUGGUAUACGAUUAAAAAGAGUGAAUUUGUAACAAUUUUUGUGCUGUAUUUUAAUCUAUUUUGUAAAUAAAGUAUUUAACAUUUACACCAUCAUCCUGAUCUUCAUUCAAGAGAAGAGUGUGGAGACUCAUUUUGAAAUGUAUCGGAAACAAACUAAUCUAAGUAAUAAAGAUAUGCUCAUACUAUGUUAGCUAUUAUAAUACUGCUUGCUUAUCUCAAUAAUAUUUUCCUAAUUCAAAAGACAUUUUUGAGAAUGAUUAGCUUUGCUUAAAGAUGUCACGCAUCUGCUCCUCUUAAAAAAAUACUAAUCAUAUUUUAUUGUGAACAUAUACCAGACUUGUGUAUUCUUGUGGCCUAUAAAUACAUCUACCUCAUUACUGCGCUUUCCAGAACUUUUUUAAGCCUUAUUCAGACACUUGUGGACUUUUUGUCUUUCAUAUUGUUGGAUUUACCUUAAUCAAUAUUCAUUGAAAUCCAGAGGAACAUCUGUCAAACCUACUUCCAUCCCUACAAUCAACAUAUACAUUACAUUAUUAACACCUAAAGAGGAUUUUGCAAAUAUUUAAAACACUUCAUAGAUUUCAUAUGAUGCAUCAUUGUAAACAUAAACUUUUAUGUAAUAUGUACAUUUCUAUACAUUGUUGUAUUACUGCUUAGUCUUUAAACUUGAUUAAACUUGAUGAAUUAUGCAA